AUGAUCCACAAGAUGUACGAACUCGGCCUUCUCCCGGAUGAUGACGUCUUCCAUCUAUACCAUGGAGACUUUCAAUCGCGGAAUCUCCUUGUCAAGGUGGUGGAUGACUCUACUGUCAAGAUUACGGAUGAUGACGCUUAUGAAGAGGAAGAGGAAGACGCUAUGAAGACACCAGAGGAUAUUGAGAGGUCGGAGUUCAAGCGUAUGUUCGAGGAAAUUGUUGGCACAAAUUUCUCCCGCUACUCAUAUCUGCCCUCGUACAUUUUAGCUCACUGGAUGUACUAUAUUCUUACUCGGGGAGUUUGUUCCGGAGGUGAUCUCUACGUUGCUGAAGAGAUUAUUUCCAAGUUCAAGAAGCUACAUUGUUCCUCCUGA